GCGGCAUCAGCUGUGGAACGUCUUGUCUCAGAAAGCAGCGAACCGUAAAAUGUACAUCAAGAGAACGGUGACCAUGGUUUCCCUGACAAUGCUGUUCUCAGCCAUCUUAGUUGUCAUGGCAACUUUAUCUGAUACGACUGGCGGAGACCCCACACAACCGGAGAACAUGACCUGCGUCCUGUAUGCCGGGAGGCUUCUCAUCUGUAACUACGACCUCCGUGACGGCAUUGACAGCAGCAACGCGACAUGCACCACGUGUUCACAGUUCAGUACACAUGACACAUGUCCGGAUGCCAUUACUGGGAAGAGAUGCAACACCGCUGUUGGGAGAUGUGAAUACAACUGUGAUGACCUAAAGUUUUGUGACAACUUUCAUAAGAUGAAGAUCACCAUGAAAGAGGGAAAGGAUGCUGGGUCAAAGUCAAUGUGCAGACAAAUCAAAACUACAGACUAUUUACAGCCUGGUCCAGUCACAGCCCUGCGGGUGACGGCCAUCAACAGCACCGCGUUACGGGUGUCGUGGAAGAAACCUGACGACAGAUUACGUUCUUUAGGACGGCGGUAUACAUAUUCAGUGACUUACCUGACGAAACAUGUCAAGAAAAUUAAGACCAAGGAUGAAGAUGUUGAUUCGGUUCUAACUGACCUGCAGCCCUGGACAAACUACACCGUGACAGUCAGGUCACGACCUCACAGAAAGGGCUUCCGCGGCCCUCCACAGAAUGCAACAAAUGCAACACUCGAAGACGUCCCGGCGUCAGGCCCAGUGAUACCAGAGAGUGCAUAUAGCAGAGUGGCGCCGGGAGUGCUGGAGGUCUACUGGAGUUCAGUUCCACGGGAUGCUAGCAGAGGGGUGAUUGUCAACUACUCCGUCCAGGCCAGCUGUUGUCUGUCACAUCCACUUUACACCACUGACCACUCGACCACCGUCAACAUCACCGGACAUAGCAACCUGACCGUACUUGUGAAUGCCGCCACUCGAAAUGGCUGGUCUGCUCAUCCGUCUCAACUCCAUGUAUACAGACGUGAUUUGGACGUCCAGUACAUUGACAGGGUAGACAGGGCUGAAGGCCUGCUGGAGUGGGUCUACCGCAAAGACGGGGGCAAACAGCCGGACUUUUUCACUGUGUUUCGGUGUUUCGGGAGCCAAAAUGACACGCUGCCACAGCUUGUGAAAUGCAGGUCUGAGGUGAACACGACACGGGUCCCUGGUCACGACAGAGCCUUACCUCUAGAAGACCACGAGCCACCUACAUUAGCUUGCCUAGGAUGUGAAUGGCAGUACGCCGUCUCUGUCCACGUUGACAACGACAGCUCCCCAAUGAUGUGGAAUACUCCACUACAAAAUUUCGAAAAUCGUCCAUCCGUCUCUUCCAUGAGGAAUGAUUGGCCUGUAAUUACCGUCCUCAUCAUAUGCAUUGUGGUGGUUGCAGCUGUUUGUGCUGCCGUGACAGUUAUUGUUGUCAAGAGGGAUGUUCUGUGUGAACGAUUCAAGAUCACACUGCCACAGCUGAUGCCGUCUAUCAGCGAUAAAGACGAGCCAUAUACGAAGAUAGAUAAGGAUGAUACCAGCGGCAAGGACCAAGGACUUAAGGAGACUUUACAAAUUGUGUUUACCACCAACGAUGAACUGGAAGCGAAUGAAUCUGGGGUGACUGGGGGAGUUCAAGAAGAAGACGGGCAGACUGAACCUCUCCUUGAGGACCAGCUGCUCCCACCAGUACUCUUGAUGCAGGAUGAACUAGGUGAUGAGAGCAGCGAGGCAUGGUUCUGCUUGACAGACAGUGUUGUGCCAAACUACAAGCAGGUUACUAAAGCCAGUGGCACAUCUCAAAUACAGGGUGGUUACCUAUGUACUCGAACUGGGGUUGCAACUGGACAAAAGACAUCGUCGUCCUCCGUAUCCCAUGAUUGUUCAGACAAGGUCAGACAGAUCUCCGGGCAUCUCCAGGGAGAUCAUAUCCUUCCAUGUGGACAUGUUGAUUCCCCAGAUGAGGAAGAUGGUUGGUCCUGCUCCUCAGACAGCGGUGUGUCAAUAUACAGACAGGUGCCAAUAGACAGUGACGUAUCUCAAUCACAAGAGGAUUGUCCACCGGAUGAAUCUUCAACCAUUGCUUCUGCAGAAGAACCUAAGAAUACACAUGACAGAACUCAUUCCAUCAUAUCAGACAUGACAAGGGAAACUUCAUUCGUAUCUUAACAAUUACCCCCACCGUCAUCAUACCCAUCACCUUCAGACUCAUCAGGUAUACCAUCAGCAACAGCAGCUUCUGCAGCAUGUGAAACAUCGCCAUAAUAAAAAACGGCAGCAAACAGUG